CUUCUCUCAAGGGUUUCUUUCUCUUUGUCUCCUCUCUGCGUAAACGACUCUCUUAUAUUAUUUUCAGCCAUAAUAACAAUUUUUUUUUUUUUUAAGAUUCCAGAAUUAAACAUCAAACCCAGUGCCCCCCCUCUCUCUUGCCAUGCCCCACUGUAAACAAUCAGCUGAACAGAUCUUCCUCCUCUCACGUCUAAAAACCCUAGAUUUCAGAUUUUUCACUGUCAAGGGUUUUUGGGUUUUUCCUAUUUAGUUGGUCUAGAUCAAGAUUCAGUUAAUUUUUUUUUUCUGGUUAAUAUAAAAUUUCUUUAUUUUUUUUAUAUUUUUGUUCUAGAUUCGGUUUCGCUAUUGUGUUGGUUAGGGUUUUGUUACCAUUUUUUACUGGUUUUUGUUUCGUUUUCGUUGGUCAGUAAGUGUAGAUAUAGUUAGAUUAGAUAUGGAAGGGUUCGAUAGUGGGAGUAGUAUUGUGAAAUCCCUCGGAGAUAACUCUACAGAUGCGGUAUUUGAUGCAUCGCAAUAUGCAUUUUUUGGUAAAGAUGUGGUUGAAGAAGUUGAAUUGGGUGGAUUAGAGGAUGAAGAUGAUAGUAUAAGUGCACCUCGCUUUGAUGAAGAAGAAUUUCUUUAUGAUAAAGAAGAGGGUGAGGUUUUAAGUUCUCUGUCUGAUAUUGAAGAUCUUGCUAGCACAUUUUCGAAGCUCAACACAGUUGUUAGUGGACCAAGAAUUCCUGGCGUAAUUGGUGAUCAGGGAUCCAGAGAAAGUUCAGCUGCUGCUGAAUGGGUGCAGGGUGACUGGUAUGACCAGCAGCAGAUGCUAGACACUGAAGGCAUGUUGGAUGGGAAACGGUGGUCAUCACAGCCAUAUUCUUCUUCUCCUUACAUAGCAGAAUCUAGAUCUUUGUACAGAACAGCUACAUACCCGGAGCAGCAACAGCAGCCUCUUUACAGAACAUCUUCAUACCCGGAGCAGCAACAGCAGAUGCAACAGCACCACCAACAACAUUUCUCUAGUGAACCAAUUCUUGUGCCAAAGUCUUCUUAUACUUCAUAUCCUCCUCCAGGUGGUAGAUCUCAGCAGGCUUCACCAAACCAUAUGAAUGUUCCAUUUGUUGCGGGGGGACCCCAACUAUCAUCUUCACCAAACCUCUCUCCCUUCUCUAACUCUCAACUUCAAUUGCCUGGCUUACCUCAUGGAUCACCAUAUGGUGGGAACUUGCCUCAGUUUCCUCCUGGGCUAUCCGUUAAUAGCCGACCUCCUAACCAGUGGGUAAAUCAGACUGGCAUGUAUCCUCAAGAUCCGUCAAACCUUGUGAACAAUAUGUUGCCACAGCAGGGACCUCUUCAGAAUGGGUUGAUGCCUCCCCAAUUGAUGUCACAAUUACAGCCACCACAGCAUAGACUGCAGCAACCUGUUAGGCCAUCAUUUGGCCAUUUACCAGGGAUGCAGAAUGAAUUAUUUAAUUCUCAUCUUUCUUCAUCCCCAUCCUUAAUGAACAAGUUUGAAGCCAUGCUUGGCAUGGCUGACCUUAGAGAUCAAAGACCAAAAUCAGCUCAGAAAGGUAGACCAAAUCUACGCUAUCCUUAUCAGGGCCCUGAUACCAUUGGAUGGCCACAAUUUAGAUCUAAGCAUAUGACAGUGGAUGAAAUUGAGGGUAUUCUUAGAAUGCAGCUUGCUGCAACGCACAGUAAUGACCCAUAUGUAGAUGAUUAUUACCACCAGGCUUGUCUGGCCAAAAAAACUGCUGGGGCAAAGCUGAGACAUCAUUUCUGCCCAACUCAUUUGAGGGAUCUUCCUCCUCGAGCACGUGCAAAUAAUGAGCCACAUGCUUUUCUUCAGGUUGAUGCUCUUGGGAGAGUUCCUUUCUCUUCAAUUCGUAGGCCUCGCCCUCUGCUUGAAGUUGAUUCUCCUGAUUCAUCUGGUGGUGGAAUCACUGAGCAGAAAGUGUCUGAGAAGCCCCUGGAAGAGGAACCUAUGCUUGCAGCUCGGGUGACAAUUGAAGAUGGUAUAUGCCUACUGCUUGAUGUAGAUGAUAUAGAUCGUUUCUUACAGUUCAAUCAGGCCCCAGAUGGAGGAGCCCAGUUAAGACGGAGAAGGCAGGCCUUGCUGGAAGGGUUGGCUGCGUCCCUUCAGUUGCUUGAUCAAUUCUGCAGUAAUGGCCACACGGUUGGGAUUGCCCCAAAGGAUGAACUUGUGUUCUUAAGAAUAGUCUCUCUUCCCAAGGGCCGAAAACUCCUAGCAAGGUACCUUCAGCUUCUGUAUCCAGGUGGUGAACUCAUGAGAAUAGUCUGCAUGGCCAUUUUUCGCCACUUAAGGUUUUUCUUUGGAGUCCUGCCAACAGACUUAGCUGCAGCAGAUACUACAAAUAACCUUGUGAGGAUUGUUAUAGCAUGUGUUCAUGGGAUGGAUCUUCCUGCACUUAGUGCCUGCCUUCGAGCAGUAGUUUGUUCAUCAGACCAGCCUCCACUCCGAUCUCUUGGAAGCCCUGCUGGAGAUGGGGCUUCCCGCAUACUGAUGUCAGUUCUUGAGAGGGCAGCUAAACUUUUAAAAGGCCCCCUCUCUGUUGGCAACUAUGACAUGAACACUCGGUCAGAGUGGCAGAUCUCAUUUAAUGACUUCUUUGACCUCCUGUGGAAGUAUUCUGUCAGUAAGUUUGAAAUUGUCAUGCAGUCACUUCGUCUACAAGUCUCACCAGAUAGAUUAAUUGAUGCAGAGGAAGUUGUUAGAGCUAUCAAGAGGGAAGUGCCAUUUGACCUCUUGGAGACAAGUGGUCCUCACACUACCGAACAUCAGAAACAGCUGUUGUAUGAGUUUUCACAGCGAUCCUUGAAACCUUAAAGUAGUUUUAUGUAGCAGUUACGAAGCGAGCAGUUGUGGUGAACUUGAAUGUUUGUGCCAGACAACCGAACAACUUGUGGAAAAGAAAGGGAUAUAUGACAGAUGAUUUGAUCGACAAUAGUUGGGUAUGAGUUCUCUCUAAUGCCCGGACAUAUGGUGAACAAUGAAAAUCAGAAAACGAAGUUGGAGCUCCCUGGGCACGUACUGUAAGAUCAGUUAAUUGCUAGUACUUUCAGAUAGAAGUUUUCAUUUUUAUUUGUUCUACGUUACUGCUUUGGCAAAAAUAAGCAGACCCUGUGUAUUAUGUUGAAACUCUGCUGGGAUUUAUUCCCCUUUUUGGUCAGUCCUUGGUUUUUUCACAUUGGGUUGUCAUUUUGAUGGUUUGUUGUGGAAUUCCUGAUACGGAGAUGUAGUGGGUUAGCUUGUAGAGGAUUCAGUGCAGAAGACCUUCCCACUUUCCUGUUAUAUUAUUUUCCAAGGAGAUGGGAUGGAUAUGGUAUCUUGUCUCUGUAUUUGAAGUCCGCUUUGUGCCAUUCUUCUCAGCAGUUGAUGGCCAUAAUGCCAUCCAUAUGUCAAUUGUAGUAUUUCCGGAAAGAUUAUGAAGUUUCCAUUUGAACUAUUAUGUCAAAUUUAUUACUUCAAAAUGAAAUAUUUUUCUGCUUCUA